AUGCUCAUCGUUCCUGGCGGCCGGGUCAAGCUGAUCGACUUCGACACCAACAAGGUCUGCCUGGGCCACUUUUCAAAGCGACUGGUAAAAGGAUACUUUGCCAGGACAGCGUUUGAAUUCCAUGACGGCGAGUCCGCGGGUACGAUUCCGUACAUGGCUCCCGAGAUUCUGAAACGGCGGCCGUACGGUAGGGCCUGCGAUUGGUGGUCAUCAGGCAUCGUAUUUUACAAGUUGAUGACCGGCAGAGUGCCUUUCAGAGGAAGGACAAAGCAGCUUCUACGAGACCGCAUCAUUGGAGCACCACUGAAAUGGCCCAAAACUGAGGAGCACCCGCAUUCGGCAACGCCGGAGGCCAAGGACAUGGUUUUCAAGCUUCUGCGAAAAAACCCGAUAGAGCGACUCGCGUCUCGGCAUUAUCAGGACCUCAAAAACCACCCCUUCUUCAGCGGCUUCAACUGGAAGGCGUUGAGUGCGAACAAAUUCCUCUGCGAAAUUCCGGCCAUCGCGGAAGCGAUGGGUGGUGGUAUCACCACUUUGUCCGGCGUCGAAGACGGAGGCGGUCGUGAGGGCACCAAGAAGCCGAGGUCGUCCAAACCACCCUCGAGAGGGGAGUCGCCGCCCGAUAGAAAGGAGGAGCAGCAGCUUUCCGCCGGGGCCACGACUAACACAAAGAAGCGGAAGCUGCAAAAGAUCGAAGACAUGAUCGACAUGGAGCCCGACCUCCAAAAGCCGCUCUACACGUACGCUUCGGCCAGCUUCAAGAAGCUCGUCAUCACGCUGAGAGCAAAAAAGGCCGUCGAAGUGGAUGACAAUUUCAUGAACACGUCAGGAAUGGAAUCCUCUGAAAUUGAUUACAGAAAAGUUUCAGUGGGUGACAGUAUGAUUGGAGCUGGCGCAAUGUCCGGAAUGAGUGAAACACAAACGGCACGGUCAUCAGAGAAGCUCGAUGUCAUUCUUUUUCGGAGAAGGAGCCUUGGAAAGUUCUGGAGCUUCGGUGUUAACCUUGAAAGAGUCAGAGGCGAAGGAGACAAGUUCUAUUAUAUGGUCGAGAGCGUGAAGCGUGGCAGCCCCGCCCAGCGGUCACAGCUGCUCCAGGGGGACGUGGUGGUGGCUGUCAAUGGAACGUCCAUCGGCAAGAUGCCCCUACCGCAGGUCAAGAAGCUGCUUAACUCGUCCGGCGACCAGGUCAUCAUCACUGUGCUCUCCUCGAGCGCAUUCCGCAUCCUGAACACGAGGAGAGACAUACAGGCCAUCCUCAGCUCGUGUCGUCGAGAAACCAUCGCGCUUCGAGCGGUGCGUGGAGGAUGCACGGGGACCGGCAACGGUUACGGCUUCAAAACGAUGGAAGUGAAGACGUACAACGAGCAGCAGAAGAGUCACACCAGGUACCACAUUGUGCAGAAAGUGGGCAACCUGAACGUGAGCUCGCCUGGCAAGACCAUCUACCCGGGGGACAUCGUAACGCACGUGGACGACAUACCCGUGGAGUCGUUCACGCAGACCAUGAUGAAGACGACGCUGACCAAGACCAAGGCCGAGGUGAAGAUCACCAUCGCGGCAAUCUCGCCGCUGCGCAAGCGGCGGCCUUCGUACACACGCCUCCACGAGACCGUCAUGACGGACACCAAUGUCGAGACACCUUCGUCAGACGCCUUUGUCAACGAGGGCAAAACAGAAUGACUCUGUCGCGCCCUCACGUCAUCUGUACAUUCUGCUCAUUACACUGUUCAUUACCAUCACCCCACGCACUGUUCUCCGCGAGUGAAGAGCAUCUGCCAUCCAACAACAGUGCUGUGUCUUCGCGUCUUUACUUUCACGAAAAUGAUGGGAAAAGAGGUGCGUGAGCAGCGUCCGAGCACCUGAUUCGUGAGCUGAGCCAGAGAAUUGUUAAAGCCUUUGUUGCAUGCCUCCAGUUAGGCCCGGUAACCCGUAGCCCCGUUGUGAGGAACCACAAAAUUUUGCAGGCUGUCCCUGCCGUUUCGGUUUUCACAUAGCCCGUACAGCGGUUUGAAGACAUCUAAUUCGGCAGCCAAUACACGUACGAGCCGUCUAUGUAAACUACAGGACGCCAGCACGCGGAACAGAGAUUCAAUAUGCGGUAUUCACUGAUGCACGGCAGCUCCAGGCCAGCUUUUUGCUUGACUUGCGGUCAGAGCUAUGUGUACUGUCCCAUUACGUUAAAAUGCCAGGCAACGUACUCAGCAAGCGCUCCAUCAAGAAUUGACGCACGUCUCCUAUGGCUCCUCCGCUGUAAACUCGCGCCUGUUCUCUCAUUUGGCACUUCAAAUGUUGGAUUUCGGUUAUAAAUUCUUCGAAGCGCGACACGCUGGUUAUACAUACACUUGAAGACAUCUACCCAAACAAGGAAGAUAAGGGAACAUGAAAAUGCAAAGUAACAGUUCGCAGUACAACGUAAAAUAUUUUGUGACGCAUAAGUGAAUUAAGCGCAAGGGUUUCCCAUCUUUAACAUAGCAUGUGCAUUCUUUGUCCUAGCUGUCCCGACUAUACCUUCAUUCAGGAAGGUGUUUGGCUUUCGCAGGGUGCUUUGACAAACUAUGUUUACGAAGGUUUAGAGAAUACGGGAGACAUGCCCGAGGCUAUUAAUUGUUGCUUUUGUGACAUUCUGCAGAAGAUAUCAAAUAUGCCUGCCGGUUUGGUACGUUUGCGACCGAAUGUGUUGACCGUUGUUCCACGUUUAUGUUGUCGGGAACAUACUGACCGAAAUCAGCGAUUGCGCCACGUUCCUGUCGCGUCAUCGACGUUACUUUGAUGUUAAGACCGAUUCACCAUUGUUAACGAAUCCAAGCGGAGUUUUGUGAUGCAUGUUCACUCAUGGACGCAGCUUUAUUAUUGUAUGGAGCGCGAUGAUUACUGCGCAAUUAACUUGUAAAAGUGUCGACUACUUUCGCGAAA